AUGCAACAGAGAAUACAACAACAUAAUGACAAUGAGAAAAACAAAAUGCCACCAUCAACAUUAACACGUCAUACUACAAAUCACAGUCAAACUAACGAUGAUCAAUUUACAGAUGGACCUAGUGAAACUACUCGUCAAGUGAAAAUUAUGGGAACCAUAAAUGAUCGAAAUCGACCUCUUAUAAUUGAAUUAUUAGAUAAAAAAGAAUAUAAUGUUAUGUUAAAUAGUGGUAAAAUAUCUAUCUUUGGACAAUUAUAUGAUAUAGAUGAAUUCUUACCAUCACCGAAACUUUUAAUAUGUUCUAAAUGUAAUCAACCUGGUCAUGUAAAAAAUGAUUGUAAAAGUGCAAGUUUAACAAUUUAA